GGUGCAGAGAGCAUCUCACCCGCUCCAGGAACGUCGCAAGCCCUCCCUGUCUCCGCCAGAGUUUUCAACUUAUAGGUGUCUGGACUUGCCAAGCCAUCUCCUGGAAAGAGGAGCUGCGGCAGUGAGAAAAUGUGGUUGCUGGAGAAAAUCCGUGGCUCGGUGGAGAACGGCAGCUCCCGGGGCAACGGCGACUCCGGGGAUAAGCAGUCCAAGGGGCCUCUGUACAGCAAUGUCCUGACGCCGGAUAAGAUCCCGGAUUUCUUCAUCCCACCCAAACUCCCGAUGGUGCCCCCGGAAGCAGAGGGGGCGGAAGGGAAAGCAAAGCCCAACCUGGGCAUGUCAGCCUCGGAGCAGAACCUCUCGGCCCGCAAGCCACAGCGCAGCCCGCGCUUGCCAGCAAAAGCCGCCUCGGAGAGCAAGAAUCUCCUGAAGGCCGCCAGCCGCCACAUCAUCCAGAUUGAGAGCGCGGACGAAUGGGCGUCCGAGGAGGACUUCAGCACCAAUGCGGACCCCCAGUCGCAGACGGCCAUGUCCCUGCCGUACGUGCCCAAGGCCCAGACGUCGUACGGCUUUGCGACGCUCAUGGAGAGCCCCCACACUCGCCGCAAGGAGUCCCUCUUCCACAGCGAGCACACCAGCCUGUGCCCGUCGCAGUCGACCUCUCCCAGCUCCCAGCGGAGGUCCCCCUCGGGAGGGAGCAAGACGAACGGCGAGGGCGGCCACCUCAACCCUUCAGACAUCGGCAUGUCCCUCAUGAACCCCUACCGCUACUUCAGCGGCGGCGAAAGCGACACGUGCUCCUCGGCCGAGUCGUCGCCGUUCGGCUCCCCCUUGCUCUCACGCUCUGUGUCGCUCCUCAAGAUCUUCAGCCAGGAGAGCCAGUCCAAAGUCAUCAAGCUGAAGCACUCGGUCGCACGCAACAGCUCCCUCUCCACCGAUGACAGCUCGGCUGACACAAGCCCCAGCAUGCAGCGGCGCCAGCGGAGCGCCUCUCCUUCCACGGGGGGAGCUGGCGGCGGCUCAGCGCAACAGUCCGCAGCGCCAGCGGACCAGCCAGAGCGGCUUCACAAGGAGCACAUUAUCCCGCUGAGCAAAGGAGGCAGCAUGCGCCUGGCGGCCGAGUACAACCCUUCGAGCGCGCGCCUGCGGGUGCGCGUCGUCACGGCGGAAGACCUCUACGACAAGCACUGCGAUGCGCGGAGCAUCAACUGCUGCGUGGCCCUCUACCUGAACCCGGGCAAGCUGCAGAAGCAGCGCAGCACCAUCAUCAAGAACAGCCGCUACCCUGUCUUCAACGAGGAUUUCUUCUUCGACGGGCUGGGGGCCGGCAACGUGAAGAAAAUGUCCCUCAAGGUCAAGGUGCUCAACAAGGGAGGCAGCCUCAAGAGGGACACCCUGAUGGGAGAGAAGGAGCUCCCCUUAACUUCUUUGCUCCCCUUUUCAUAAGGCGGCCUUGGUAACGCCUCCCGUUUGCACCUGUCCGUCCCUCCCGGAACGGCUUGUUCCUCCACCCUGUAAAUACAAGGAAGUUGGAGGGGGAGGCUGACACAAGAGAUGGAUGGGCUGGCUACUCAGUGUCCCCCUCCCCCCCCCAAAAAUGCUUGCUGCAUGUGAUAGGGCAGGGAGGGAGGGAGGGGACUAAGCAUGUACUCUUGCUGGCUGCCGGUGUGAUCCCUUUCCUUGCGAGAUCGAAAAUAUAAUUGCCUGUCCAGGGUGGGGAGAUUUUGCCCUGUGCACAGUGAGGCGUUCUGAAUUUAUCAAAGAGAUGAGCUCAUUGUGGGAAGAUAGGGGGCGGGGUGACUAUAGGGCUGUAAGGCUGGGAAGGGAUCCCCAGAACAGAUUUUGUUGCGGCAUGACGAUGCAUGAGCGCAACGGGCUUUUUGCUCUGUUUCCUUCUCCCUGUUGUACCUGGACCCCAUUGAAACGCAUGCAGUGUAGCAAACUGGUGGUCCCCAAUGGCCGCCAGCUGUGCUUGACCGACAUUGCCUGAGCAAAGGUCGGGAAUUAAUCCGGUAGGAGACAGUGUGAACCAGGGGUCGCCAACCUUCUGGGAUCUGUGGGUGCAUUUAGAAAAGCUUGUGGUCACAUGACCUGUUCUGUUGGGUUGGGUGCCGCGGAACGCUUCUAUCAAGAACUAAUUUGGGGUGGCAGUUAGGGGAAGAGACUUUUCUGCAGGUUGCCCGUGCUGCCACAGCUGCCGUGUUGGCGACCCUCGGUGUAAAUAACCCAGUUGCCUUAUGGAAAAGGAGACAGGGGGAAACGACCCUCGUUAUCCAAACAUCCUUGCCUUAACAACCUUUUGCAAACAGCGGGUUUGCAUCUGGGAGCUGGGGGUGGCUCGUUCUUUUGCAAGGAGGUGCCCUAGCAAGGAAUGGGCAGUGGGGAAGACUCAGAAGAACACCCCCUCCCCCUUUUCCAAAGCUGUAAAGCUGCUGUCAUGGAGGCUAGCACCAGGUGUUUUGCAGAAUUGGGAUUUUUUUGGGUCUUUUUAACCUCCUUUUCCCAUUGGGAACAGAAACCCAACAGGCAGAGCCACUCCCGGCGUGAUGAUUCCGCCGUGGGGAGUUUGUGGCUUUCCAGGGUCUGCAUAAUUGUGAUGGGCCUCUGAUAUGCUGCCCGAACAGGUAACCCCACCUUUCUCUGGAAGCAGGGAAGCCCCCUUAAAUUGCCUUACACUGCUCUGGUCCAUAUCUGGUCCAGGGUUUUCGGUCAGAGUAGGGUCUUCCUCAUCUCUCCUGAUGUCUGUGUUCCUUCUAACUGGAGAUAGGGAUUGGAACCGGGACCUUGUGGAGGCAAAAGCAUAGUGCUCUAUCGCUGAGUUACGGUCCUCCCCUUCCUUAGGAGAUCUCAGCACAGAUCCAGACCUCCCACGUGGCAGGCAAGGAGAUAACCGGCGACACCAGGAUUCGAACCUGGGACUUCUUGCAUGCAACGCAUGUGCUCUGUGGCUGAGCUAUGGUUCUUUUCACAUUUGGGAUAUCAGAUUCCUAUCACCCCCCCUCUUUCCCUUCCUCCUCCUACUUUUGGGGAAUUCUUGUGCUCAUUCAGGGUUCGCCCCCCCCUGUUUAUCACUUCCUCAAAACCGACAUGCCGCUCCUACUUUUGCACAAAAGAAAAGCACUUUUAAACGCCUCUAUUUGGUGAUGGCUAAGAAAGCUGGCACCUCUUUGACGGAGAGGUGCCAGAAAAAUUGCCUGGGAAUUCGUCUGUCCAACAUGCCUGCCGUUUAAUCCCCAAUAAGCAGAGGCUGCUCAUUGAUGGUGGGGAAUGCAAACACACGGGGCAAGGAGCCUCAGAGGUGCUGCAGGGGACACUGCAACUAUAAUAAUAUUUAUUAUUAUUAUUUAUUUAUACCUUGCCAUUCUGGCUGGGUUUCCCCAGCCACUUUGGGUGGCUCCCAACAGAACAUUAAAAACACGAUAAAAUAUCAAACAUUAAAAACUUCCCUAAACAGGGUUGCCUUCAGAUGUCUUCUAAAAGUCAGAUAGUUGUUUGACAUCUGACGAGAGGGUGUUCCACAGGGCGGGCGCCACCACCGAGAAGGCCCUCUGCCUGGUUCCCUGUAUCUUCGCUUCUCGCAGGGAGGGAACCGCCAGAAGGCCCUCGGAGCUGGACCUCAGAGUCUGAGCUGAAUGAUGGAGGUGGAGACGCUCCUUCAGGUAUACUGGGCCAUUUAGGGCUUUCAAGGUCCGCACCAAAACUUUGAAUUGUGCUCGGAAACGUCUUGGGAGCCAUCGUAGGUCUUUCAGGACCGGUGUUAUGUGGUCUGGGCGGCCGCUCCCAAUCACCAGUCUAGUUGCCGCAUUCUGGAUUAGCUGUAGUUUCCGGGUCAACUUCCAAGGUAGCCCCAUGGAGAGUGCAUGGCAGUAGUCCAAGCGGGAGAUAACCAGAGCAUGCACCACUCUGGUGAGAUAGUCUGCGGGCAGGGAGGGUCUCCUCCUGCGUACCAGAUGGAGCUGGUAGACAGCUGCCCUGGACACAGAAUUGACCUGCGCCUCCAUGGACAGCGGUGAGUCCAAAAUGACUCCCAGGCUGCGCACCUGGUCUUUCAGGGGCGUUGAAUGGAACUUUGGUACUGAAAUCUGAGACACCAAGGUCCGCUACUGAACACUCACACAGAGACAGAGAUGCUCUCCCUCCCCACCCCCCCUUAUAAUUUUGAUGUUGUCGGGCCCCAGCGGACCUUUUGGGCCCAGGCUUUCCAGGACAUGUGCUGGUACCAUUCUCCAGCACCAAAUCCAUGAUCUCUGCCCACCCCCCACCCCCAAUAAUCACAAGUAGUGCCUUCCU